UCUCUCUCAUCAGCAGUAACGGGCAAUGCUUCAGCCUUCAGAUUUACAAACAGAUAUCUCUUUUAAUAAGCUACAUAUUUUUAAAUCCAUUGGGUUUUGAAGAGAAGGAACAGAUAGAAAUGGAUAGCACCACGGGCGGCAGCACCACCCGGUAUUUGGACGACCCCACGGACUAUACAGAGGAUUAUUUUACUAUAACUACAAAGGAUGACUUAUUUUUUGAGAGCCAAGAUUUUGUUUCAGCUAUUAUGGUUCUUUAUAUCUUUAUUUUCCUUAUUGGGAUGAUGGGAAACAUUGCUGUGAUACACAUAAUGUCAAUGAAGAAAAGGAAAAGGCGGCUUGCUGAUAUUUUUAUCACUCAUUUAGCAAUUGCUGAUUUGGUUUUCCUCAUUACUUUGCCACUAUGGACAAUUGACCUGGGACAGAGUGACGGCUGGCCAUUUGGCAAUUUUAUGUGCAAGCUCACCUCCUAUAUUACCUCCGUCAACAUGUUUUCCAGCAUUUUCUUCUUGACAUGCAUGAGCGCUGACAGGUACAAAGUUAUUGUUCUAACGAAAAACAGCAAGGUCACCAGAUCCAAAAAGUAUACACAAAUAACAACUCUUGCAGUGUGGCUACUCUCAGCCCUUCUAGGCAUGCAUGUCUUUGUCUACAGAAGAGUCAUUGAGAUCCGGGGAAAACAAUGUUGUAUCGAUGAGUAUUCUGCAUCCAGGACUGUGUUUAGACUGGUAACAAGGGUCAUUGCCUUUUUCCUGCCUCUUAUAAUCAUAACCAUGUGUUACUGUUCCAUAGCUUUGAAGCUCAACAAGCAUUUUACACGCAUGAAUAAAGACGAGAAAAGAAAGAGAAGAUCUGUUAUGACCGGACUCUGCAUUGUAGCCUUGUUUGUUAUAGCCUGGUUGCCCUUCAAUAUUUUGACCCUGAUCCAGACAUUAAUCCAAUCCAAUUAUUUUCAUCUUGAAACUAGAAGCCAAAGCAUCCUGAACUACUCUGAGAGUUUUGCAACCUGUCUGGCAUUCAGCAACAGUUGUGUCAACCCCUUCAUAUGUCUAAUUUUUGACAAAUUUUUCCAAAAAGCCCUUCGCAAAAUGUUUGCAUGCCACAUUACUCAUAUGCUGAUGGCAAGGAGGAUCAGUCUCAGUUCUUCUGUUUCAAACAGCGAAAGAGACUCAGUGGUGUCUAGGGAGAUGUCAGCACUGGGGAUGUAAAGAGCUGGAGCAUAUCUUGGCACCACUGGGCUCAAGGCAAGAACCGACCCUGGGCAGGAUGCCAGUCCAUACCAGUGCACAGUCCCUCACAUAUUUUAGUUUAUAUAUGUUGUAAAAUUGGAGAAAAUGCAGAGAAAAGCUAAUUCCAGAUUGACAGGGACUUGAUCAGGAGUUGAACCCAAGUCAUUGAUAGCAAAUAUACUGCAUCAGCACAUUGCUUUCAGAUUUAUGUUUCUGGACUAUUUGUAUAGUGUCAAAUUAAUCUACAGUAUUUAUCUAUAAGAAUCGUUUUAAAUAUUUUUUAAACAAGACUGCAAAUAUGUUAUUUAAUAUUUCUUUAAUUGUUCAUUUUUUUAACAUUCAAUAUUUUCUGGCCUGCUUUUAUAUAUUUUAGGUGAGUUUUUGACAAGCAUUCUUCACAGACAUUUUUUUUUAUAUCCUAAAAUCUUAAUAAAAUACAAUCUGACAGUGUAAGGCUACACAUUGAGCUCAUCUCUUUUUGAUGUAGUUUAUUUUCGAAAAAGUUCACACAUCUUUUCAAUAGCUGAGACGAUGUAUGGAAAUAUCUUCACUUCAUCAAAGGUCAGUGGUGAGCUAUAACACGACUGUGAAACCGGUAAAGUUUCAAUUUUUAAAAAUGAGCAAGAAUGUGAACAUUUUUGCAUUGAAUUUUUGCAUUGACAUACUAAUCACACAGUAUGUCAAAUGUUUUGCUUAUCAAAUGUUUGAUAAAUUUGCUGCUUCCCUAACUGUACAUAACAUUUUGUAUUAAAUUACGAAAAAUUAAGGUAACAUACAAUUAAUUGUGCUGAUCUUGUCAAAAUUAUUCCCAUGUUCUUAUGCCCUUAUGUUACUAUGUUUUCACACUGUUCAAUCUAAGGUGCUUACAAAAUUGUUUUUGUUUUGUUGAAUUAAAAUCUACUUAAAGGGUUAUUGUACAAAAAGCUUUUAAAAACCACUUUACAAAGUGAUAUUUUGAGUCUUUGAGCAUAACAUCUUCUGUCAUAUUGCUCGGGUUUCCAGAUAUUUUGAGAUUCUAGAUGAGUAUUUUUCCCUUAUUUUUGAUAUUAAAAAUUCCUUGCCUCACUCUGAGAGUACUGUGCGCCAAAGAGAGUGGGAUGAUCUGUGGUAAUGAGAUUAAGAAAUGAUUUGCACGCCGACUUAGAGCAAAUAAGUUCAAUUACUUUUUUAACUCUACUUGAAAGUGUGCUUUUGUUAUUAAUAACUAGAAUAUAUUUGCCAAUUUUUAACGAGGGGCCU